AUGGCAGAUGAAGAUUUGUGCAUCGCGUGUACAUUGAUCGUGACUACUCGCCAGGAAGCCCUGCAGUGCGACGGCUGUCAAAAGUGGCAGCACCGAGUUUGCAACACGGGCAUAUCGCGUCCGGAGUACAGAAAUGCCGUCCGAGCUGGAACUGACAUUCCAUGGGAGUGUCAAACUUGUGUGGUAUCUCACAUGCCCAACUUCGAGAGCACCAGAUUUGAUGAAGGUAAGUCAGCUGUUAUAGUCUAUUCUUGAUAUGUUGGAUAACAUUCUUCUUAUAUUGAAGAAGCUAGUUAAAUAUCCGCUAGACCUCAGUUCUCAUCUUGACUUGUUUAAUCGACAGACUUUACCGCAUCACAAACUGUGUUGUCUGCCGAAUCCAUUGCAGAAGCCGCCGGACUGGAGGAGGAGAUGAAUUCCACCAUUUAUGACCCACCAAUGGUAAGUAUGGUUUAUAACUAUGAAUGGGAUCAAACAUCGGAGUACUAGCCACAUUAUUCACGAUAUAACUGAUUAUCUUUCUCUUUUUUCAGCAUUGGUCAAUCGAUAGCCAGUGGAUUCGCGAUUCGGUAACGAGUUCACCCGUUCGCGUUCACCUGUACAUCAACACACCAUGGUAAGUGUUCGACAAAUGACAGUUUAACAAUGUGUACCACACUUCUACGCAUGGUUAUAUAUAUAAUUAAUCGAAUUAAUAACUACGGGUUUAUUACGACUGAUCUAACUAGCCACUUAAUUUCUGUUUUCACUUAAGUCCUUAGGGCUUCAAUCUGAUCCGGAUCCAGCUGAAUCAUCAUUAGAAGAUCCUGAUCCGCAAACCCUGGAGAAUACGGCCGGUCAGUUCUCCCUUAUAUUUGAGCUUGUCGAGGAUUCCACCAAGAGAGGAAAAACAAAACUUGUGGACAACCACGGCUACACGUAUAAUGUUAAGAGACGUCGUGGGGAUAAUACAGACUGGCAGUGCACCGUCCGACCAAGGGUAUUUUGAUUUUUUUUUGGUUUCUUAAAGUCAUAGAAUAUGUCAAGUAUAAGAAAUAGAAUGGAAGGAAAUAGUAACAAGCACGACGAAUAUAAAAGCAGUUCUUGUGUACCUUAACAAAGCGGGGUCUAUUUGCUUUUCUUUGUCAGGUCGACCCGUGUAAGGCCACAGUAACACAAAGAGCCGACGGUGGAUUCGUCCCAGGUAAACAGCAGCACAACCACCACUAA